UUGAAAUAAAUUCAGAGAAAUGUGAGGGGAGAGAAAGAGAUCACGGGGGCUGAGUGAAACCAGGCUGGCAGGGCCAUCUGGGGGCAAAGGCACGGGGUGGCCUGGCCCGAUCUUGACUCGCCACCUUUGGCUAAGCUGCAGUUCUCCAGAGCUGCCACGGGAGGGCGCCCUUCGUACCAGCGGGGGCAGCUUGUGUCUAGGCUGAAGUUCUCCCGGGCUGCCACAGGAGGGCGCGCCUCCCGCUGCGGGGAGACCCUGGCCAGCGCUUGAUGCUCUAGCGGGAGCCUGAGCUGCAGUUCUCCCGAGCUGCCACGGAAGGGCGCGCCUCCCGCUGGGCGCUGGGCACCUGCCCCUCUGCCCCCUGCCCAGGCCGCUGACCCCCAAACCCGGCAGGACUCUAAAGAAAAGCCCAGUCCCCGGCCCUCGUCUCCCCCACAGCCCAGCGGUGCCCCCCGCGCCCCCCAGGGGGGCCGGCUUGGGGCCCUGCCAGGCGCCCACAUUCCUGAACGGCUGUUUCCGAGGAACAGAGCAAACACUGCCCACCCGGCCGCCUGCAGGGGAGGGGCGAGGGGCCCGUGCCGGGGACACCCGUACCUCGGGGGCGCUCAGGCCACUCCGGAUCUGCCCCCGGACCAUGCAGCAGCCCGGGAGGGCCCCGGCCCGCCGCCCCCCGCGCCCGCAGCUGGACCUGGAGCGGGCGGAGGCCCGGCGGGCGGAGGCCCGGCUCGGGCAGCAGCUGCGGGCGCUGGACACGGCCCGCCUGGUGCACGCACAGCUGCGGGCCUGGGAGCAGAGGCAGCUGCGCGCGGAGCUCCGGAGGCUGCAAGCGAUCACAAGGAGGACAGGACACUCGGACCCCCGAGAGGGCCCGGAGCGCGCCCGGCACAUGGACGGCACCGCGCAGACGGGACCCCCGAGAGCCCCCGCCUGGCCCCGAGAAGCACCAGCGCUGGAGCCGGACCCCCAGGAGCAGGCGGCGACCCCCGAUGGCACAGCCGAGAAGCCGCCAACCCCCGGGACAGAGGCAAGCGGCACCCCCGAGCCGCGCGACAGCCCGGACCCGGGCCCUGGCGCGGAGGGCGACGCCCACCCGGCCCCCGAGCUGCUGGCCAGGGCGGGCAGGGCCCACUACAUCCGCCACCGGGCGCCCCCGGAGUGGGAACGGCUGCUCAGCGUCCGCGAGGUCUUCGGGCACCAGGAGGGCUGCGGGGGCGAGGGGCGGGGCCCCGGGAGCCCCCAGCCCCAGCGGGAGGGGGUCAGAAAUAAAACCGGCGAGAAAUAAAACCCGGGCCGGGGUGCCUUGGCGGGGGGGAGCUCAGGAGGACGCCUGGGGCUGGGGCGCCCCCUCCCCACGCCCCGAGGGGCACCAGGCCAGCGUGGACCAGCGUCCUGUGUCACCAUAAGCCUUGGGAUAAGGCGCCCGCGGCCUGGAGUGCAGGGAGGGGUGGGGCUGGCCACGCCCCCGCGGGGCCGCAGGGGCUGACCUGGGUCCCAGGGGCCAGGAGGGAGCCCUGAGCACUGCAGAAGAGGCCCCCAAGCCCCCCUCGCCCCUCGCCCUUCCGCGGCUCAGGCUUGGGGGCUUUUGUGCAAACAGCAUUCGCCCUCCUGCAAGUCAAACCGAGCUGCUCGCUCAGACCCUGGCACACCCGCUCCCGACUCUGCGACUGCGCGGGGCCGGCACCACCGCAGAGCAGCCGUGCAGUCCAGGGGGCUCUGUCUGCAACAGGCCAAGGUUGACGCACGAGGGGGCUCCGCUCAAGGCUGACUCCUGGCUCUGUGCUCGGGGCUGACUCCUGACUGCUCAGGAAUCACUCCUGGCUCUGUGCUUGGGGCUGAUUCCUGACUCUGUGCUCAGGAGUAACUCCUGGCUCUGUGCUUGGGGCUGACUCCCGGCUCAGUGCUCAGGGCUUACUCCAGGCUCUGUGCUCAGGGCUUACUCCCGGCUCUGUGCUCAGGGCUGACUCCUGGCUUUGUGCUCAGGGCUGACUCCUGACUCUGUGCUCAGGAGUAACUCCUGGCUCUGUGCUUGGGGCUGACUCCUGGCUCAGUGCUCAGGGCUGACUCCCGGCUCUGUGCUCAGGGCUGAUCUCCGGCUCUGGCUCAGGGCUGACUCCUGGCUUUGUGUUCACGGCUGACUCGACUCUGUGUUCAGGAAUCACUCCUGGCUCUGUGUUUGGGGCUGACUCCUGGCUCAGUGCUCAGGGCUGACUCCUAGCUCUGUGCUCGGGGCUGACUCCUGACUGCUCAGGAAUCACUCCUGGCUCUGUGCUUGGGGCUGAUUCCUGACUCUGUGCUCAGGAGUAACUCCUGGCUCUGUGCUUGGGGCUGACUCCCGGCUCAGUGCUCAGGGCUUACUCCAGGCUCUG